AGCAGCACCUCACCUGGACCAGCUCCGGCUCCCAGAGGCUGUCCCGGCCCCUCUCCCCCAGGAGCUAUGGGGAACACCCCGAGUGUGCCAGAGGAUGCUGAGGAUGACAACACCUGCACAGUGAAGAGCUACCAGCCUCUGCCCGAGUCUCCUGACAGUGUUCAAAAUGGAUCUGUGGUGUUUGCUGGUUCCCUGGCACUGAAUGGUGAAGAGGAUGCCCAGGCAGCUCCUGCCCGGGAUAAUGCCGCCGUUUCUUCGGAGCCGAGCCACGGGAGCGCUGCCAGGAGGGCUCUGCCAGCUGCCAGCCCCCGCUCCCUGCUGGCCGUGCCCGGGGCUGUGCCAGGGCGAGCCGAGGGACCAGCAGCAUCUCCAUCCCCUGCCGUGCCCGCUCCCGGUGCCCUGGGGCUGCGGCAAGCCCCGGCUGGGGGCACGGAGGGCCAGAAAUCCCCGCUGCAGGACACCCAGCUGACGGGGACACCCCAGGGACGCCAUGUGGCCACCCCAAAGGACAAGCCAGUGACAUUCCUGGACAGGAUCUUCAGGCUGGAGAAGGGCAAGGGGGGCACACGAGGUGACCCCGAGGAGGGCAGGCAGGGCUUGGAAGCGCCCAACGGGGUCCUGCUGGGCAAGGAGAUCGAUGAGUGCACCCGAAAGGAGCUCGGGCAGGACUCUGCAGGUGAGGAGGGCCCGGCUGCUGCAGCACCUGGCGGGGCACAGGUAGAGCAGGACAGUCCCCAGGCAGCUGCAGGACAGGGCUCAGUCAUGAGCUUCCUCAAAACUCUGGUUUCCCCAAGCAAAGCUGAAGCCAAAAGUGAUUCUGAAGACAAGGGCUCCAAGGUGGAGAAGGGCCCUGGGGGCCAGCCUGGCCCGAAGGCAGCGGCAGAAUCCCCCCCCAAAGGAGGCAAGAAAAAGAAGGCAGAGAGCCCCAGGCUGGGCCACGGCACCUUUAGCAAACUCUUUAGGCACAAGGCUGCAAAAGAAACCCAGCAGACGACCAACACCAAAAGCCCUGAGCAGCCUGCUGUGACCUGUGUGAAAGCAGACAGAAAUGUCCCUCCCUCCCAAGAGCCACCAGCCAAGCAGAACCCAAAAAUGCCAGAGACCACGGCCCCUGUGCAGGCAGUGGCCACUGAAACCCCCCGGGAGGCCACCAAGGACAAAGGCUCGGCCACUCCCCUGCCCCUGAGCAAACUCUUCUGGAAAAAGAACUCCUCGGAAGAAGCAGAGGCCGUGAGCAAUGAGAAGGCAGAGGUGGCUCUCGAGGCCGUGGCUCCCGACAGGGACGAGAGCAAGAGCGCAGAGAGCACCGAGGUGAAACCGCGAGGGGCGGAGAGCAAAACGCCCAAGGCAAACCUGAGGAAGUUUUUUAAGCUGUCAGUCAAGGGUGCUGGAGGGACCCCCAGUUCAGAAGAGGGAGAUGCUCCCAGCCCCAGGCACCACCACACUUUAAACGCCACAGAGAAGCCUCCUGCCCCAUCUGACAGCGACCCUGGGGGCCAGAGGAGCAAAGAAGGCUCCAAAGACAAGAAAUCCACGCUGGAGCUGGGCAAGCAGAAGGGCAAGGAGCAGCCAGAGCCCCGGGAGGGACCAGCAGGUGACCCUGACUCCAUCCAGAACGGUGGGGACACCAAGGAACCCCCCUACAAGAAGGCAGAGAAGAGGCAAUCCCUGGGAGGCUUCUUUAAAGGCCUUGGCUCCAAAAGGAUGUCGGAUGCAGAAGUGCAGACAGACCCCGUGUCCAUCCUCCCUGCUGGCAAAUCCAAGUAGAGCCCAGCCCUGGCUGCUGGGGGGAGGCUCAGCAGCUCUCUGGCAGCUCCUGGCAGCAGAAAUGACUCCUUUCCCUUCCCCUGGCUGGCAGCAAACGCCCGAGGCUGAAGCAAACACCGGGGGCAUCCCUGCAGGUUGUGGCUGGUUCGUUCCUCACCUGUGGGAAGCAGCUCUGAAGAUUUCCCCAAGGAAUGUGUUUAAAGGAAAGGGGUGUGCAUGGUUUGGAGCGGGGAGAGUAAGUCAGGGCUGAGGGUGGCAGAGAAUUCAAUAAAUGGCAGAAAAACAAAGCACGUGCAGAGGAGGGCACAGGCAGCGCUUUGGAGAGCUUGAAAGCAGCCGGGAAAACCAGAGAUCCCCUUGGUUUAAUCCAGGGGAUAAAUUUAAUUUAUUGCCCCGGGAUAAAUGUUCUGCUUCAACGCCAAAACAGCCGAGUCACUUCUGGUGGGGUUUCGACAGAGCUGAGAUUGGAGCUGAGCCCUUCAGCCUGGCAGAAUCCGUGCUGAUCAACCCCUGCUUCCUCUUGGUUAUUAAUGGAAAUUAAAACGCUAAAAAUGCAAAGGCUUGACGUGAUUGAGGCACUCCUCUCUUGGCCCGGCGGGGUGGGAUAACGAAUUAAAAGUUAUUUAAGGUUCUAAUGGGACACAAGAGGGCACCCACGUCCCCCAACGCCGGGCCGUGCCUGCCAGCCGGGAAUUAAUGUUCCUUAGAUCAUAGGAAACUUAGUUCUUCAUCCUGAUACUUGUUUAUAUCCCUGCUUGUAAUUAAUCCUACUUAAAAAAAAAAAAAACAACAACCAACCAAAAUCAAAGCUGCCCAGGCAGCUCUCUGCUUCACAAGACUCCUGUAAUAACUGUAGGUAAUAAAUUUUACAGAAAAUUAAGGUUUCUGUUUGUUCAGUCCUAGCCUGUACAGGGAACCAGGGGCCUGACAUUUUAAUCCACACUGAUCGUAAUGCUACAGUACUGUAUAUUUUGACAUCCUUAUCUUUAAAUAAACUAAUACUUAUCAUUUGAAACAAAAAA